AUGGAGGACCUCAGCUCGCUGCGCCUCAGCCUGGGCGUGCGCAGCGUGCGCACUUUUGAGGGGCAGGGCGCGCCGCCGCCAGAGGCACCCACGGCUCUCACCCUUGGCCAAGAGAUUUACACCAAGUUUGCAGGCAAGACGCAGCCGGAGAGUCGGCAGCUGGUAGCGAUCCUCGCAGCGGUGCAGGAGGUGGUCCGGGCGCAAGGACUGGAGGUCACGCCCACCGCCAUGUUUGCUGCGCUUAUGGCCAGCCUGGAGAAGCCAGAGACGCUGGCCAGCGGCGAGGUGUUGGCCGCCAUGUGCCACCUGCUGUCACUGGUGCUGGGACGCGUGCCCAACCAGAUCCUGCGUGCCAAGUUUGCGGCUGGCAGCCAAGUGCUGUGCGGCAUCCUGGAGGCCAAGCAG